GACAAGAGCUGGGCGAUGUAGCUCAGGCUUGGGCAAACACAUGCCCAACUGGGCACGACUGCACAGACUGCCGAAAGAUCUUAAGUCAAGAUUACUAUGUGGGCCAAAAUCUGUUUUGGUCUUGGAGCUUCAAUGACAGUGAGCAAUGGGACUUGGCCAUCACGUCGUUUUACGACGAGGUCAAGGAUGUACCAAAAAGUCUGGUGGACAAUUACCAAUCCAUCAUCACUGCAAACCCAAUAGGACAUUACACUCAGCUGGUCUGGGCCGAAACUUAUGAAGUAGGAUGCGGUGCCAUGAUCCACGGGCCCUGCUCCUCGGGGCUGAUAUCCUUCGAGGUGUGCAAGAUCUAUGCCUGCAAUUACGGGCCCGGGGGGAACUACAUCAGCAAACCGAUCUACGAAGCCGGGGACACGGCUUCUUCGUGCCCCAACGGGAAGUCUUCGAAGUACGACGGGCUGUGUAAAUAGAUGAAAGGGAUCACGACUCCCCUGGAAAUUGCUAACGCCCGCCUAGGGGAGCGCCCCCCACCCCCCCACCAGGUUAAGAACCACUUAUCUAAGUAGAAGACUUCGAAGAGCAUUUCUGAAUUGUGUUAUUGUGUCUCACAGGGAAUCGUACGUGUUUGGUGAGUUUGUUUGAUGCAACGUGUGUGCGUCUGUGUGUGGGUGGGUAGUGUGUAUGAAGAAUUCUAGGGAAUAUUUUAAUUUGAUUUGACAUGCUUUUGAUUCUCGUAUUCUGUUUGUUUCUCACGUACAGUUUGUGAUCUAGUUCAGGACGAUAUAUACCUCGAGUGUCUCUCUCUCUCUCUCUCUCUCUCUCUCUCUCUCUCAAUAGUUUCUGUCCUAUAGCAAAACAACAUAUGCUUCUUAAGAUCAUUAUGAAUAAAAUCUCUCUCUCUCUCUCUCUCUCUCUCUCUCUCUCUCUCUCUGUCAUUAAUAGAACUCAAAUGUUAAUAAUAUUCAUAUUUCUAAUGAAGUUA